AUGGAGUGGUUCCACCAUGACGUGGCUGGACAGCCUAUGUCUUUCAGCGAUCUUAUAUCCAGAUUCAUGCAUUCUCAGGAGGAUGAUUACAGACUUGAACUCUUCUCAAUCAUGGCUUGGCUGCUGUGGAAUAGGCGCAACGCCAAGCACUUUGGCCGCCCAGUCCAGCCACUCACCAAGAUAUGUAGCUUGGCCGGUACCUACCUCCAUGAAUUCCUUGCAGCCCAGGCCAAGCCCCCAAAACCCCCUGAUCCAAUAAUUCUGCAGCAGUGGAGACCCCCUGAUAAUAAUGUCUAUAAGGUGAACUUUGAUGCAGCCACAUUUCGGACCACCAAUUCAGCAGGCACUGGAGUUAUCGUUCGUGAUUGUGCAGGUGAGGUCAUUGGUGCUCUCUCAAUGCCAAUACCGUUGCCCCAAUCAGUUGCAGCUGUGGAAGCUCUGGCAUGCCGCCGAGCAGUAAAGUUUGCUGCAGAAAUUGGCUUGACUCGGGUGGUGUUCGAAGGCGACUCAGCUGUGGUCAUCAAUGCAAUUUCCUCAACCAAGGGCGACCAGACCAGCUAUGGAAAUGUUAUUGAGGACAUUUGUGCUGUUGCUUCGGGUUUCCAACUGGUUGAGUUUCAUUAUGUUCCUAGAGUGUGUAAUACAGUUGCUGAUGCGCUUGCAAAAAAAGCAAGCACAGUGACUGAUAUCCAGGUCUGGUUGGAGGUUUGUCCAACUGAUAUUAUCCCUCUUGUGUUAAGGGACUUUUCAAAUGUAAGGAAUGAUCCAUGA